CGCUGGACGCGUGUCCUGUGUCUUUAAGCUGUCUCCAGUUCUGGUUUUUAAAGCAUCAUAAUAAGUUUCUCUUUGAAGCAGUUUUUUUUUCUCAGUAGACAGUGAAAAUAUAAGAUGUCUUGCUGCUUCUCUGAAGUCUGGGGUAAUAUGGUAUUCUAAACGGUGGUUCUUAGUUUUCGGGUGUAUUGGUUUUGAGAUGGAUGAAACCAUCUGACUUAAUUUAGACAGUUUGUUAACUACAGCAGGUGUUAUUUAUAAGUACUUCUGUUUUCAUACUGGGUGACGGUAUUUACAUUGUGAACAAGAAGAACAUGUUUCAGGAAUAAUUCUAUGGUGUGUGCAGAAGGAAGGAUCAGAUUUUAGAGUGUUCUACAGAGAAAAAGGAUACGUAUCUCUGAGUUCCAUCGAGGCCAGGACUGCUUUCCUCUCUGCUGUCAGCAUGGCAAUGUCCCUUAGAACUACAUGGGCCAGCCUCCUUUGGAUGCGUUCAGUAGCAAACUGUAAGCAGGCCCCACUGCACAAGGGAGCUGUGUAUCAUGCUUGCCAUAAAUCUACAUACUCGGUUCUCCCUGAAGACUACAACUGCAAAGUGGAACUUGCAGUGACAUCAGAUUUGAAGACAAUUGUCUGCUACCACCCUUCGCUUGAGAUUCCAUAUGAGCAUACAAAACCCAUACCACGGCCAGAUCCAGUGAAUAAUAAAGAAGAAAACCUUGAUCAAGUUUUGAAAUCCAGACUGAAUGAAAAAGAGCUAAAGAACGAAAGAGGUCCUACAAUGGAAGAGCUCAGCAAAAUGUUUUACACAACUAAACAUCGCUGGUAUCCUGUGGGACAGUAUCAUAGAAGACGCAGGAAUCCUAAUCCUCCCAAAGACCGAUAAUUAAGACAACUUAAUUGUCAGCACUUUGUUGUUAAUCUUUAUUAGAAAUAAAAAUUACAGAAAAUGAGAUGUUUAGCUAUGACAAAA